CCCGACGUCCGAUCUCUCACGCCCAAGGCACCGAAAGACUGAAUUCACACCCACUUUGCCCAUUUCUCCUCCCUCGGCCUCACUCUCCGCCAUAACUCCACAGAGAGAGAGAGAGGCGGAGAUCACGGUAGUUUACGUUCACGGUUCAUCAUUCUGGAAACACCUACCGGUGGAGGUAAUCUCAUAUGGCAAUCUGUCCCCUGUUCAAUGAUCAGGUUUAAAGUACAGAGAGCCAGGAGCACAGGUUGUCUCACUGGCAUCGUUUUGAGGGCCAGUUCUGGGCUUCAUGAUGUCUCUUCGAUCGUUUAGUUUCUUGAGCCAGUUUUGAUCUUGUUCUCUGGAUGUUGUGGUGUGGGUGGUGCCUUCCAUCCUUUUGCCAUCAGAAUGUGGAACUUUGCACCCAACUGCAACAGUGGACACGGUAGGUCUAAAAGUGACCGGAAAUUGAUGCAAGCUGCAGGAGAAUGCUCGGACGACGAGGUUUCUUCCAUUGCGAGUAGAGAUGAGGGGCUUGAGUGUCCAAUAUGCUGGGAGUUAUUCAAUGUCGUUGAGAACGUGCCCUACGUGUUAUGGUGUGGCCACACCCUCUGCAAAAAUUGUAUCAUAGGACUGCAGUGGGCAGUAGUGAAAUUCCCAACUCUUCCAAUUCAGCUUCCUCUAUUUAUCUCAUGCCCGUGGUGCAAUCUUCUGUCCUUUCGUCUGGUUUACAAGGGCAACCUCAGGUUCCCGCGCAAGAACUAUUUCCUGCUGUGGAUGGUCGAGAACAUGAAUGGCGACAGAGGGAUAUCAUCGUCAUCCUUCAGAGAAGAUCACCAGCCUGCAUGGUCAUCAGGAAGCAAUGUGGCUUCAGGAAGUCGAGCGAGCAGGAGCAACUUGAGGAGGGGACAGAAUGCUCAUCAUAGCGAGCCAUCAGGUUCUAAUCACAAUCACCAUCCCAUCACUGCUCAUCUCAGCAUUGAAAGAGUACAGUCUGCGAUGCGGAAAUCCUUGGUUUUCUUUGUUCACAUGACAGCAAAGUUCCCUCUGGUGAUCAUCUUCCUUCUGAUCGUGAUAUAUGCAAUACCAGCUAGUGCGGCCAUCUUAGCCCUGUACAUGCUCAUUACCGUUCUCUUUGCUCUCCCAUCAUUCCUCAUACUGUACUUUGCGUAUCCCAGUCUGGAUUGGCUCGUCAGAGAGAUCAUUACCUGAUCUGAAGAUGCUUCCACCUACCGACCAUUCAGCUUGUUUAAAAUAUGCACAUCAUCGAUGUUGUAAUUUGACGAAUUCACUACUUCAAAGUCAAGUUGGGUUGUGCUGUUUUAGAGUUGUUAUUGUAUUUGAUCAUCUCUGUACAGUAUUGUUGGUUGAAGUGGCUUUGCAAAUUUACAGACCUCUGUUAGGGCAUAUAUUAUGAAAAGCUCAGAGUUUGUAGAGGAUGAUGGUGUCUAUGGAAUUUAUGGACCAUAUGAAGUGGGUAUGUUGUGAGUGGUCAUCCAUGUUAUCAGAAGAUGCAAUUUGAGUUAUCUAUUUGGUC